GACCCUAAAGCACAGAGAGGUGGCGUUCGAUGCCGUCAGAGGAGUCAGACUGAAAACUUACAUGGGCCCUGAAAGGUCUGGAGAAUUGAAGAACAACAGCACCAUCACGGUGGCGUGCUGUGGUUUGAGACCAGGCUCUGCCAACAGCUGGCCACCCUGGGGAAGUCACUUCCCCUUUCUGAGCCUGAGUUGCCCUGGUAGCAAAACGAGAGGUUUGAGAGACCAGCCGUUUUCCAGCCGUCUCCCCCAGCACGUCCCGUCCUGGGACACGAGGUUCUGUGACCCGCCUCUGGUGCCUGUGACUGCACUCAUCUGUUGUGAAGGCCCCGGCCAGACCUCAGCCUCCUCCCUUUAGGAUGGCCUCGCCUUCCAGCUCCCCAACUUUCAGGCUCCAGACAUCUGAUGGAGGCCUAGAAGAUGGUGCUGAGGCGGACAAAGAAAAGCUGGGCCUCGGGGAUGGGCCACCCCCCAUGGAGUCACCAUUCCAGAGGGAGGACCGGAACUGCCCCCCGCAGAUCAAAGUGAACCUCAACUACCGCAAAGGAGCAGGUGUCAGCCAGCCGGACCCAAACCGCUUUGACCGUGACCGGCUCUUCAGCGUGGUGGCCCGGGGUGUCCCUGAGGAUCUGGCUGGGUUAGCAGAGUACCUGUCCCGGACCAGCAAGUACCUCACCGACUCAGAGUACACAGAGGGCUCCACGGGUAAGACGUGCCUGAUGAAGGCCGUGUUGAACCUUCGGGAAGGGGCCAACGCCUGCAUCCUGCCGUUGCUGCAGAUCGACCGGGACUCUGGCAAUCCCCAGCCCCUGGUCAACGCCCAGUGCACGGAUGAGUACUACCGAGGCCACAGUGCCCUGCACAUCGCCAUCGAGAAGAGGAGCCUGCAGUGUGUGAAGCUCUUGGUGGAGAAUGGGGCCAAUGUGCAUGCCCGGGCCUGCGGCCACUUCUUCCAGAAGAAGAGCCAAGGGACUUGCUUCUACUUUGGCGAGCUGCCCCUCUCGCUGGCCGCGUGCACCAAGCAGUGGGAUGUGGUGACCUACCUCCUGGAGAACCCGCAUCAGCCCGCCAGCCUGCAGGCGGUCGACUCGCUGGGCAACACCGCCCUGCACGCCCUGGUGAUGAUCGCAGAUGACUCGGCCGAGAACAGCGCCCUGGUGAUCCGCAUGUACGAUGGGCUUCUCCGAGCCGGUGCCCGCCUCUGCCCCACAGUGCAGCUCGAAGACAUUCCCAACCUGCAGGGCCUCACGCCCCUCAAGCUGGCCGCCAAGGAGGGCAAAAUGGAGAUUUUCAGACACAUCCUGCAGCGGGAGUUCUCAGGGCCUUGCCAGCCGCUUUCCCGGAAGUUUACCGAGUGGUGCUACGGGCCUGUCCGGGUGUCGCUGUAUGACCUGGCCUCUGUGGACAGCUGGGAGGAGAACUCAGUGCUGGAGAUCAUCGCCUUUCAUUGCAGAAGCCCGCACCGACACCGAAUGGUGGUUUUGGAGCCGUUGAACAAACUGCUGCAGGCGAAAUGGGAUCUGCUGAUCCCCAGAUUCUUCUUCAACUUCCUGUGUUACUUGGUGUACAUGUUCCUCUUCACCACUGUCGCCUACCACCAGCCGGCCCUGGAGAAGCAGGCCUCCCACCCCCUGAAAGUGACUGCGGGAGGCUCCAUGCUGCUGCUGGGCCACAUUCUGAUCCUGCUUGGGGGGGUCUACCUCCUCGUGGGCCAGCUGUGGUACUUCUGGAGACGCCGUGUGUUCAUCUGGGUCUCGUUCCUGGAUGGUUACUUCGAAAUCCUUUUCCUGAUCCAGGCCCUGCUCACGGUGCUGUCCCAGGUGCUGUGCUUCCUGGCCGUCGAGUGGUACCUGCCCCUGCUUGUGUCCUCGCUGGUGCUGGGCUGGCUGAACCUGCUUUACUAUACGCGUGGCUUGCAGCACACGGGCAUCUACAGUGUCAUGAUCCAGAAGGUCAUCCUGCGGGAUCUGCUCCGCUUCCUGCUGGUCUACUUAGUCUUCCUUUUCGGCUUUGCUGUGGCCCUGGUGAGCCUGAGCCGGGAAGCCCGGGAUUCGGGGGCCCCCCCAGGCCCCAAUGUCACAGAGGCAGCACAGCCCGGGGUCGGACAGGAGGAUGAGGGGGGCAGCUCGUCCCCCUACGGUGGCAUCCUGGACGCCUCCUUGGAGCUCUUCAAGUUCACCAUCGGCAUGGGGGAGCUGGCCUUCCAAGACGAGCUGCGCUUCCGCGGCGUGGUGCUGUUGCUGCUGCUGGCAUACGUGCUGCUCACCUACAUUCUGCUGCUGAACAUGCUCAUCGCCCUCAUGAGCGAGACCGUCAACAGUGUGGCCACCGACAGCUGGAGCAUCUGGAAGCUGCAGAAAGCCAUCUCUGUCCUGGAGAUGGAAAACGGCUACUGGUGGUGCAGGAGGAAGAAGCAGCGGGCAGGGGUGAAGCUGGCUGUUGGCAGCAGGCCGGAUGGGAGCCCUGAUGAGCGCUGGUGCUUCCGGGUGGAGGAAGUGAACUGGGCUGCAUGGGAGAAGACGCUGCCAACGGUGCUUGAGGAGCCAUCAGGGCCUGGCGUCCCUGGCAUCGUGAAGAAUCCUGCCCUGGCCUCCCAACCGGAGGAGGAGACUGCCUCCGAGGAAGACCACCUGCCCCUCCAGCUCCUGGAGUCCCACUGACAUCCUGCCCAGAGGCGGGACAGAGUCAGAGACAGAGCCGGGGACUCUCUUCAGCCCUAUCAGCUGGCUCUGGGGCUCCAGGGAACUUUGCUAGCAAAUAUAAAUAAAUACUCUGUCAUGACCACC